AUGUUUAACUUCAACCUUCCCCUUCGCAUCUUCCAGCUCAUCCUCGCCAUCAUCGCGCUCGGCUUGAACGGCCACGUAACAUCCUGGUAUCUCCACCACACCCAUCCCUCCACCACCCCCUCCGCGCCCCCCUACCUCGUCUCCGUCGGAACCUCCACCCUCCUCACCCUCCCCUACCUCUUCCUCAACCCCGUCCUCGCGGGCGGCAACAAGCCCAACGGCCGCUUCUUCAACAAAUGGCUCAUCCUCGCCCUGGACUCCGCGACCUGCCUGCUCUGGUUCGCCGGGUUCGUGGCACUGGCGGUGUUCCACCGGGGAUUGAUCCUGUGCGGACCGUGUGAUGUGAUGGUCGGGGCCGUGAUCGUCGGUGCCCUUGCGUGGGCGACUUUCCUCGCGACCACGCUCCUAGCGUCGCUACACAUCAUGCGCACGCGCCGCGGCUCCGGCGAGCAGACCCACGCGGGUUGGGUUGGCACACAGGAAUCUGUGCAGAUUUAA